UAACACAAACAAUGAACCGAGGCACAUUAACAAGUUAGCAUUAAAAACAUCUUCUAUUCAACAUUUUCAUUUUCUCUACCAAAACAGUAAUACUUUAUCAUCAAGUAACAAUAAUUCAUAAUCUGUAAUAAUCCACAUUGAAGCUAGAAAGAGUUGUUCGUUUCAAUGAAGAAGAAACUGAAAGAGAUGAUAGGCAUAAUGAAGGACAAAGCAUCACAAAGCAAAGCUGCAAUUUUAUCAAAAACCAAAACUCUUUCCCUCCUUCGCGCCACGACACACGAUUCUUACAACCCUCCAAAACACAAACACCUCUUGACUCUUCUUUCCUCUGGAGACGGUUCACGUGCCACCGCAUCCUCUGCGGUGGAGCUUCUCAUGGACCGUCUCCAAACCACUCAUAACUCAGCAGUAGCCCUUAAAUGUUUAAUCUCCGUUCACCACAUUGUCAAACAUGGCACGUUCAUCCUCCGUGACCAGCUCUCCGUUUACCCUUACACUGGUGGUAGAAACUACCUCAACCUCUCUAACUUCAGAGACAAAACAAGUUCAAUAUCUUGGGAACUCUCUUCUUGGGUUCGAUGGUACGCGGAAUACAUUGAAAACCUUCUGUGUACUUCUAGAACUCUUGGUUUCUUCCUCGGUGAAACGACGCCAGAGAAAGGAGUUUCUUAUCUUACCAAUAGUGAUCUGUUAAGAGAAACUGAUUCUUUGUUGGCCUUGAUGGAAGGAAUUGGGAAAAAACCUAAUACUCCAAUGAGUGAACAGAACAAGGUGGUUGUUGAGAUAAUGGAUUUGGUGGAAGAUGAUGGGGUUAUGGUGAUGAAUGAAGUUUUGGUUAGAGUUAAUGAAUUUGGGGAGAGGGAGAAACUGGGCUGUCUUGGUUUUGGAGAAGUGGUGGAAUUGGUUUGUGUUUUGAAGAGAUUGGAAAUGUGCAGAGAGAGAAUAAUGAUGAUGGAGGUGGUUGAGGAGAAGAAAUUCUGGGAUUUGGUGAGAGAAUUGAAGGAAAAGGUUGGGAGGAUGAAGGUGUAUAGAGAAGAAGGGAAGCUUAACAGGACAGUGACAAAAGACAGAAGAACCGAGUCUGAUCGGUUUGAUGACAGAGUUCUUAGGUCUGUUGAUUCCAUUAGGUUUCCUUCUUCAAGGUUCUUGUAAAUAUGUAAAUAGUAGUAUAAUACAUAUUGUUUUUUUGCCUGAUUCUCUUGUAUUGAUAUCUUAACUUGCACUGCAAGUGUAUAUAGCAUUGUGAUGUUAGUAAUUGAAGUAAUGGAUUGUUUUGGUUGAAACUUGAAA